AUGUUUGUGUCUAAACGUAUUGCUUAUCGAGGUCUCUCUCUAGUACAAGUACAGCAGAAUCCUGUGCAGAGUCCUGUGCAGCAGAAUCCUGUGCAGGAGAAUCCUGUGCAGAGUCCUGUACAGCAGAAUCCUGUGCAGGAGAAUCCUGUGCAGAGUCCUGUACAGCAGAAUCCUGUGCAGAGUCCUGUACAGCAGAAUCCUGUGCAGAGUCCUGUACAGCAGAAUCCUGUGCAGAGUCCUGUACAGGAGAAUCCUGUGCAGGAGAAUCCUGUGCAGAGUCCUGUACAGCAGAAUCCUGUGCAGAGUCCUGUACAGCAGAAUCCUGUGCAGAGUCCUGUACAGCAGAAUCCUGUGCAGAGUCCUGUGCAGCAGAAUCCUGUGCAGAGUCCUGUGCAGCAGAAUCCUGUGCAGGAGAAUCCUGUGCAGAGUCCUGUACAGCAGAAUCCUGUGCAGGAGAAUCCUGUGCAGAGUCCUGUACAGCAGAAUCCUGUGCAGGAGAAUCCUGUGCAGAGUCCUGUACAGCAGAAUCGUGUACAGGAGAAUCCUGUGCAGAGUCCUGUACAGCAGAAUCCUGUGCAGAAUCCUGUACAGCAGAAUCGUGACGGUGACAACUUUUAA